AUGGCCAUUGCAUACGUGUUCGAUGAGGAGGUGGGGCUAUUUCACUAUGGGCCUCGGCAUCCCAUGAAGCCAUUUAGAACAGUGGUUACACACUCUUUGGUGAAAUCCUUUGGGCUUGACAGGAAAAUGACGAUAGUUAAACCAGCAACAGCUUCCUUAACGUAUCAUACAAAAGAGUAUCUAGAGAAUCUUGGGAAGAUUGAAACACCAGACUGCCCCGACAUCAUUGGGCUUUCUAGAUUCUGCGAGCUGUAUGGAAGUGCAUCCAUAAACUCUGCGAUGAUUCUCUCAGAAGGGAAGUAUAAUACUGUGAUCAACUGGAGUGGCGGACUUCACCAUGCACAUAAAAACGUUCCCAGCGGAUUCUGCCAUGUAAAUGACAUUGUUAUGGCAAUUCUAGAGCUUCUCAAAACAUAUCGGAGGGUGAUGUAUAUAGAUAUAGAUGUUCACCACGGGGAUGGUGUUGAGGAGGCGUUUCUGGAAAGUGACAGGGUUCUGACUCUCUCUUUACACAAAUAUGGAGACGGCUUUUUUCCUGAGACUGGGACUCUCAUCACAACAGGGCACAAAGCCGUGAAUGUUCCACUUCUAUCUGGAAUUGACGACCCAAGCUACAAAUACAUUUUUGAGCCGAUCGUGGAGUCUUGCGUCAAGAAGUUUUCGCCCGAUGCAAUUGUUUUACAGUGUGGCGCAGACUCUUUGGGAGAAGAUAGGCUAGGAUGCUUUAAUCUCUCAAUAGAGGGCCAUGCAUCGUGUGUUCGGUUUGUUAAUUCUCUUGGGAUUCCUUUGCUUUGUCUUGGAGGUGGAGGAUAUACCCUGACAAAUGUUGCAAGAUGCUGGGCAUAUGAAACCGCUGUGUUGUGUGGAGAAGACCCUAUCAUCGACAUUCCCAGAGAGAACCCGUUCUAUACAUACUUCAGCCCUACAUAUACUAUUAAUCCUGUGUUCAAAAGAAAGUAUGCCAACAAGAAUGAUAGAGAGUACUUAGACAUGAUUAUGAGCUUUAUACUUGAUAAAGUAGAUAAGUUUUAA